AGGAUCAGGGAGACAUGAGUUCAAAUCCCCCUUCAGCCAUCAUGAGGUGGCUCUGAGUCAGCCACUUCUCUACCCUGCAUCACAGGGUUAUUGUGAGAAUAGAUAUAACUAUGUACACUGCUCGAGGCUCCUUGAAUGUACACCUUGCAUUUGAGAGGCCCCAGUUUACUUUUAUCAUGGAUGCACAUACGGUUAUGCACACAAAACAGCUGCAUGCACGUGCAAUUUAAUGUCUGGAUAGGGCUAAAGAUAUGGCCAGCUAGCCAAGGACCACAAACUCACUGCAUCAUGCUUGCAAGGUAGUUUUGAAGGGGAUGUGCAACUUUAUCCUACUUUGGCCCCUCCCACCUCUCUCCAACCAUCUGACUACAGGGAGCAGCAAGAGAAGGAUCAACCUGGAAGCCCAGAAAAGUGCAGACCAAGGGUUGCAACUGCAACUGAGAAGCUUUCAAUUUAAGCUUUCAGUUUCUAUUCAUUUUCGUUACUGAAUGAGUAGUGUUUCUGUUUCCAACAGAAGUUUCCAAAUAGUAUCAGUAAAAUCAGAUGACGAGUUUGUUUGGCUCAUUGCACAAUAUUUUUCAGAAGUCAUAUCCUCUUUUGGCUUUGCUGUCACUGGGAAACAAACCACAGAUUUUUCCACCAGGGAUUACUUCUCUAUUUACGUAUUCAAAAACGGAAAUCAACGUAGCUUAACAUUCAGAGGGUCUCUUGGAAACCCAGAGCUAAGAAAUCUCCUGCUUUGCUGCUGGUUUAUUAGCUGAUUGACGAAGCAUGUUUCCUCUCCCUGUUUGAAAAGGAAGUAGCUUGGCAAACGAUGAAAAGGAUCCAGCGAAACAUGCAUGUCAGAAAAAGGACUUCUGUACAGUUGUAGAUCUUGCAAUUUUGAUGAGAAUAACCCCUUCUCAACUGAUUUGAUGGUUUCCCUUCCCAGCCAUAAUGCUGGCUGAAAGUAUCUUGACUGGAAUUGCCUAUAAAGAUGAGCUGUAUCCAUCACAUAAAUGCCAGGUAAUCAAAACAGUUGCAGAAGAAUCUUGGAAAGACGAGCUUACAGAUACAGAGGCAAAUAAAAGCUUCCCCACAAAACCUGAAAAGCAGACUGCUGUAAUCACUGCGGCAUGUUGCGGAAAUGAAAUGAUUCAAGAAAUUCACUCCUGGAAUUCUGCCCAAAAGUCACCUAGGAAAGGAUGCAAUGACAUUGCCACCUCGGCCCCUCUGCGUAUACCAAGGAGAGAGCAAUAUUGUGAAAAAGAACUGGACCUGUACAGAUCUUGGUCAUCCCAAAGCCUGUAUCAGCAUUAUCCUGAUCUGUACAUUGGAGGAGAUCAUGUAGCUGACCAUACAUGUGAUUCAGGUUGUGUCCUGGACCAUACUUGUAAUACACCACCAGGUGGCCCUGUUUUAUUGUCAGAAGAUAUCCCAUUGGGCCAAUCCUGUCUGUCUGAGUCCUUGCAAAAACCGAAAACUAUAAAGCUCUGGAACGGAGAUGAUGCUGGGGACAGAAGCAUGAUUCUCCCCAGACAGCCUCUUUCAAAUUCUAUGAUCAAUCAUUAUAUGGAGACAAAGGUCCAGGAACUUUAUAAACAAUUUUUGGAGGAGAAGCUGACCCAGUGCAAUUCCAUAACCCACUUCCUGACGUCAAAUCUGCUGAUGAAUAACAUCAGUGAGGCGAGUGUCCAGCUGUCCCAUGAACAACACACAGGAUGUGCAAAACAUACUCUCCUGCCUGCCCUGCCUCAGUUUGGCUUGCAAAAUGCUAGCCAUGGAAACAGCAGUGAAUUUAGUACUCCAAAUUUACAAAUCUCCAAACUGCUUUGCAAAAGGAAAUCUUCUGGAGUACAGUCUACCUCAUGACCACAAAGUUACGAAAAGAUUCCUUGGCUCAAACAUAAAGAGAAAGAAAGAUGAACAAUUAUUGUGGCCCAAGCUUUCACAAGCUGCUUCCUGCCUCACCGGGAGCUUUCUCAGAUAGCAGGCUGUACUGAGAGGUUUACUGAGAGGCCUAUCUGCAAGUUCGAAGUUGCCCCCCCAAUCCAAUGCAAAAAGUGGAUUUUUUUUUUAACCCGCUAUACAAACCAGGCUGUACUUUAGUGCACAAUAAAAAAAACUUGAAUUGUG